GAUGAUAGUCAUGUUUGCUCGCCCACAGGGUAUUUGCCGGCAUCGUGAGGCUUCAACGAAGGACGCUGGACCCUGAAAAGCGAGAUCCCGUGUGCUGGGAAGUGCGGUAUGUUCUUGCACCGAGGUUGGGAAUACGAGAGCUUUUGACGUCGUGGAGCUUUUCGGCACGGCAGACUAUCUACAAGUAGGAAGAGAGGAGGGACUUCGGCUUCACGGCGCGAUGCGAUGCAUAGAUGCCCUCGGUCACGGUUUUGGUCGUAGUAUGUUUGUUAGCAAUCGACCUGUUUCAAACAGGUACACCGGACCUUCUAUGGUUCGCCCAACUGGACUCGAGGUCUUGGUGUUGGCCAAACACGUGGACCAUGUCGAGUCGAGGUGUUAGACACGACAAUCAAGUCGACAGGUUCAUUGGUGAUCACAAGCACGGAGUACUCUAUACCAGUUCCACGUCUAUCUGUUCAUCUCCGCCUUUUUGCAAAAGUGCCGACUCCGAUCCCCAAGUUAUUCCCCCUCCAUUAUCGUAUGGACUCUGCCAGAAUAAGAAAAAGCAAAAAUAAUAUCCAAGCCAAGGGACCCUUCCAUAGUUGCCUCCCCUUCGCGACCCGCCUCACCCUUUCACAGGCA